AUGAAGGAAGAAGUGUGGAAGAUGUCGAAAGAGGCCAGAAGGAUCGGAGGCGAGGGAGAAGCUGUGGCCCCAGGUGGAGGAAGCCAGACGACGUGGAAAGAAGGCCUUCUUGAAGGAAGGAUACGCCAUCAUCGAUGGGAGGAAGACGAGGAACUCCUGGAGGCCACGCAGGAAUCUCCAGAGCUCCUUGCUGCAGUCCUCCCUCCCCCACCUCCUGCUGCCAGCUCUAAGAUGCUGCCUGAGUCCUGGCAGGCAGCUCUGACUGCAGAACAGCAGGAGUGGAUCGGCCGGGUGCUGUUCACCAGGGACGAUGCUGGGAGGCCGCAUCUCAUCACGGAGCUCAGUCCCUGGUGGUACCCUCCCCAGCCCCGGGCGGUCUACAAUCAGCCUCCCGCCUCUCCCGACCCCUUCUUUGCAUGUCGGCUCUUCCUGUGGAUGCCUCACAGGAUGUGGCACCUGCAGCUGACGUGCCCCCAGCCUUUGUGCAGCGGCAUCCUGAUAAAGGCUGGGCUCUACAGGACCAUCCGGAGGGUCCUGGACAUCGACGGCUGGUAUCUCAUGGCCACUGAGUACCUGGAGUGCCGUCGAUGUAAGAAGAAGGUCGGAGGGUGGUCACAGGGCAUCUUAAGGCAGCUGCCCCCCACCUACAGCUGCCAGUUCCCAGCUGUCCUCACGUACAAGCUGUCCUGUGACCAGAGGGUGGUUGCUAUGCUGAGAUCUCGCACUCUGGGCAACAGUGCCACUCAGCUGUGCAACACCCUGCGGGAGCAGCAUUCCGACGCCUGGAUGCGGAGAGCGAUUCAGUACCUCGGCGUCUGCGAGCAGUUCCUGGCCUUGGGUACCGCGAGGGGGCAGAUCGCACCACCUCCCCAGAUGCCCCCUGUGCCCUCACCCGUCUGGCUGCUGACCGUUUACGGUUACGACGUGCUGACGCGGCUGGACGAGUACAAGGCCAGGAUCACGUCCACCUUCGGAUCCAUCCUAAAGAUGGAUUCCACAAAGAAGGUGACGAAGAAGCUCGCAGGUGCCGCCUCUGGCACGGCCGCCUGGGCUACCAACGUGGGCAACGAGCACGGCCAGGUCCUCAUGAGCGUCCUCACUUGCUGCGAGGGCUCCGAGGGCCUGUCCAAGAUGGCGGCCGGACUGAUGAGGCGGUACCGAUUAGCCGAGGUACCUGCCCCCCAGCUCAUCUACGUGGACCGCGACUGCUGCAGACAGGACGGCGUGUCCAAGACGGCUGCCUUAUUUCCGGAGUGGGAACGGCUCAUUGUUCGGCUGGACAUCUGGCAUCUGAUGCACCGCUUCGCAUCAGGUGUCACCACGGAGAGCCACGAGCUGUAUCCCACCUUCAUGAGGCAGCUGUCUUACUGCAUCUUCGAGGUGGACGCCGAAGAUGCUCGCCGUCUCGUGGGAGCCAAGCGGUCCGAGCUGGAGGGGACGCACGGGAUGGUCAACCUGACGGACGCUGAUGUGAUCCAGCGGAUCAGCAAGGAGGAAUGGAGGCUCCACUGCCGCAGGAGGACGCGUGGAGCAGAGGAGUCGACGCUCCUCAUCCAAAACCUCCUUGACACCUUCAGAGGGCCCGCAGGACACAACACGCUGAACAUCCCGUUGCUAAACGCUCUCCGCAUCCAGGACAUCUGGGACACGCAGAGGCGCCACCUCAGCUGCAUCCAGGACCCCCCUGGCAUGCAGCUGUACACCCAGACGGGCAGUCUGCAAAAAGGAGGGGUCAGACUGCCCAUCUAUCGCUGCGCGAGGGGCUCCACUUCCCUGGAGUCCUUCCAUCUCCACCUGAACCGCUUCAUCCCAGGAACGUCGGCCAGUGCCAAGUACUUCCAGGCGUUCCUGAUUGAUGGACUGGUCAGGUGGAACGAGGACCGCGCAGCGGCAGCUGAGGGACACGAGGCGCCUCUGCUGUCCUACAGUGGCCACCUCAGGCACACCCUUAACCAGAAGAGCCAAAGGGUGUUUGGUCAUCAGAUGGUUAAGGACUUCACCAAGCCUGCUGCUUACACAGGUGAGCUCAUCGGGGUGGAGUACUUGUUCCAGCAGACGGGCCGCGUGCUUGAGGACGUCAGCAUGGACCCUGACGCUCCGGACGAGGCUGCUGCCAUCACCGACCUGGACGAGGUGGACGAGGGUAUCCAGGAGGAUGUGGGCGACCAUGUCGCCGCCUUCGUCCUUGACGACCCAGCCACCAGCACUUCAGGAGCAGCCCGGUCAGGGGAUCCAGCUGUCGCACCCGGGUCUGAGCCAGCACAUCCUGCCGCCCCUGCGCAUCACGCCCCUCCCGAGGUCCCUGGAAGCCAGACUCCUGAAGAGAAACACUCCUCUGAUUCAGAGGAGGAGAUCCAGGGUCCUGACGGCCAGACAGGAUACCAGCAUGUCCUGAAGCUGGCUCAGGCCCUGGUGGAGCUCAGGAGUCUCCAGGGACUGUCUGACAGCAGGGUAGACAGACUCAUCGUGCUUUGGCAACGCCUGCCAGAUCGUGACAAACGACGGAUCGUCUACCCUAGCAGAUGCCGGGAGAGGCUAGACGCCAGCCGUGUGGUGGAGGCCAUGUGCAGCCAGCUCUGCCGUCUGCACCCUGCGGCCAGUCGCGUGGACGGGGUCAGCAGGUCACGCUGGUUCCUAAUCCGCGACGACUACAUGGCCGUCAGACAGGUGGUGCUGUAUUGCCCGAGGCUGAUGGCUCAGACCCAGCUUCAUCUCUAUGAGCUGAACCAGAAGACCAUCUCUCAAUGGUUCAGCCAUAGACAGAAGGGGUGGGAGAAAGGUGUGCUGGAGCAGGGAACUGGCACCGUUUCUGCUCCAACUUUCUCCCACCAGCCCAUCCCUUCUGUGAAAGGGCUGUCCUCCGUACAGGUGGGAAGAGGACAGCCCUUUAAAUACAACCUCCCUGAGGAGCAACAACCUGGUCCCUCCUCCAGGGGACUGCCACCGCCACCACUACCUCCGCCUGCUCCUCAUCCCGGUCCCUCUACCAGCUGCAACCUCCCUCCUUCUUCUGCUCAGAGCCUGCGCGCCAUUCGUCCCUUCCCGGGGUCCACUCCGCUGACUCCUCCUGUUGUUUUGCCUAGGACAACAGCAUUUAGAAGGAGGAAGGCAGCGGAGGCUGCUGCUGCUGCUGGCGUGCAGGCUCCACCAUCAAAGACAGCCCGCCAGCAGUUCACCUGCAGCAAAUGUGGUCAGCCCAAGCGGCUGGACACUGGCCACACCCGCAUUGCAGGUGUGUCGUACUGCGCAUCUGUUGGCGGGAAGUCUGUAGAGGAGUGGAAGAAGGAGAUGAAGAGCAAGACUGGAGGAGGGCCUGAAAAACAGUGACUUUUUGUGACAUUUUCUUCUUUUUUUUUUCAAUUUUGGAACUUGUAAAUAUUGUAAAUAAUUUUUAGAUGUUUUUGUUAUUGUGAUUUUCAGUAUUAAAAUGAUACACACUUUAAAUGUUAGACUAUUUUUAUGACCUUGGACAUAGAUACAUUUAUUACAUGUUUUUUAUAACAUAACAAAUAUAUUUGAACAGAUUUUUUUCAUAUAUGUUCUAUAAUUUUACAUGUGU